CCGCGUAUUUUCUCACUGCGCAUGCGCGCCUCUCCUGUUCCUGAUGGCCGUCAUCAUGGCGGCAGAGACGUAUGUCUAAACAUUACCUUAACAAGGGAUUUCUUGCCUCGCGUACUGUGUUUACGUGAAAGAACGCUAUCGAACAAAAAAUGUCCCGUCACAGGAAUGUCCGAGGUUAUAACUACGACGAAGACUUUGAUGAUGAUGACGUGUACGGGCAGUCAGUGGAAGAUGACUACUGCAUCUCUCCUGCCACUGCCGCACAGUUUAUCUAUUCACGUCAAGACUCGAGGCAGGCUCGACAUGUAGAAACUCUGGAAGAGGCAGAAUAUGAGGAGGAAGAGGAGAUGCCCACCUCUCCCACUGUUGCAAGCACGCUAGACCCACUACAGCAAGGUCGGUUGUAUACUUGUUUGGAUCAGAUGAGAGCCGUGCUGGGGGAUUCAAUUCCAGACUCCACAUUAACUCAGGCAGCUCUGAAACAUGACUGUGACCCUCACAGAGCCCUUGAUUUUGUACUAACUGAGGAGAACACCAGUACACACGCCCCUCCAGCCAGAACCAACUCACAGCCCGAGCCCAUCACCACAGCUGCACCACAGAAAGCUAAAGCACGGGAGGCUCCAGAGAGUUGUGUUGAAGCAGAGGUCGUCCCAAAGGUUGCCCGCAUGACUGUGUCAGGCAAGAAGCAAACCAUGGGCUUUGAUGUGCGAAGUGCGGAAGAAAAUGGCAUUGGUGCCCCAUCAGUUCGAAGAGGGCCGAGUCCAGAGGUCACCACUCCACCAGCCACAGAGAACCUAUCCAAACCAUCAGCUGUGAAUGAAGACUCUACUGCCCCAACCCCGACUCGACCAACUGGAAAGAGCAAACAGCCGCUCAACAUCCGUGCUGAACUGGAGAAGAGACAAGGAGGAAAACCGUUACUCAACCUGGUGGUCAUAGGUCAUGUAGAUGCUGGUAAGAGCACUCUCAUGGGUCAUCUCUUAUAUCUGCUAGGGAACGUUAAUAAGAGAACCAUGCAUAAAUAUGAGCAGGAGUCCAAGAAAGCUGGCAAGGCCUCAUUUGCUUAUGCGUGGGUACUGGACGAAACAGGAGAGGAGAGAGACAGAGGAGUGACCAUGGAUGUGGGCAUGACCAAGUUUGAGACUGACUCAAAAGUUAUUACUCUGAUGGACGCACCAGGACACAAAGACUUCAUUCCGAACAUGAUCACAGGGGCAGCCCAGGCAGAUGUGGCUGUGUUAGUCGUGGAUGCCAGCCGUGGGGAGUUUGAGGCCGGGUUCGAGGCUGGGGGGCAAACCCGUGAGCACGGCCUGCUUGUUCGAUCUCUUGGAGUCACACAGCUUGCUGUUGCUGUCAACAAGAUGGACCAGGUGAACUGGCAGCAGGAGAGGUUCCAGGAAAUCAUCUCGAAGCUCGGUCACUUUCUGAAGCAGGCUGGUUUUAAGGAUUCCGAUGUGUUUUACAUCCCUACCAGCGGCCUAUCAGGAGAGAAUCUGACCACUAGGAGUAAAGCUGCAGAUCUUACAGCCUGGUACACUGGGCCAUGCCUACUGGAACAGAUAGAUGCAUUUAAACCACCCCAGAGGUCCGUGGAGAAGCCAUUCAGGCUUUGUGUCUCAGACGUCUUCAAAGAUCAGGGCUCUGGAUUCUGUGUGACUGGGAAGAUUGAGGCUGGCUUCAUUCAGACAGGAGAUAAACUUCUGGCCAUGCCUCCUAAUGAGACCUGUACUGUUAAAGGCAUCACUCUUCAUGAUGAAGCUUUAGACUGGGCAGCUGCUGGUGAUCACGUCAGUCUAACUGUAACUGGCAUGGACAUCAUCAAAAUAAAUGUUGGAUGUAUAUUCUGUGAUCCUAAAGAGCCCAUCAGAGCCUGUACAAGAUUCCGAGCAAGAAUUCUACUCUUUAAUAUAGAGGUUCCCAUCACACAAGGCUUCCCGGUACUGUUACAUUAUCAGACUGUGAGCGAACCAGCCACUAUUAGGAAGUUAGUCAGUGUAUUACACAAGAGCAGUGGAGAAGUUCUCAAGAAGAAACCAAAGUGUUUGAGUAAAGGACAGAACGCUGUGGUGGAGAUUCAGACACAGAGGCCUGUGGCUCUGGAGCUCUAUAAGGACUAUAAAGAACUGGGACGCUUCAUGCUGAGAUAUGUGGGCUCCACCAUUGCUGCUGGAGUUGUCACAGAGAUCAAAGAGUAAGAACCAGUUGGAACUGGAUCCUCCAGAAAAAGCUGGUUGAAACCUCUGGACAGCAGUGCAAUUCCCCCUCAGAGCUACAGUUACACAAACACAUACACAGAGACGCCCACCAGGCAACAUCUAGCCACAGUUCAUUUCACAUUAAACCUGGCCUUAGAAUGAGCAUGCAUGUUUGUGUGGGUGAGAGAGAAACUGCAUUUUGUCCUGCUCAUCAGCUUGCAGUAUACAAUUGAUCCGUGUAGUAAUUCAUCUAAAAUUUCAACUCCUAAAACACACAGAGAACAUAUACUUUGGUUUGCUUCCGUUCAUUGAUUGCAUCAACAAACUGAACUCAUUUUCUUUUAUCAUUUGAUAUUUUUAGAUUAUUGAAAAUUGCAUUAUUUUUUACUUUAAUAUGGCAGAUAAUGCACAUAAUGAACAUUAAUGAGCAUAAUGAACAUUAGCCUUGGUUCAGAUGGAAGGUUUUUAAGGUUACUUAAUGUGAUUAGUUAAGGAUGUUCAUUUGUAAAAGGGAAAAUAGAAGAAACAACACAGCAGGCUGAGCUCAUCUCUUCCAUCAGUUUCUCAAGCAAGCAGAACAGUGUGAAUGAAAGCUGCCCUUCCAUUGCUGCUACUCUGUCUGGACCAUUACUGAGAAAACCGAAGGAUUGAGAACUAGUGGACAUGCUAGAUAUGCUGUGGAUGUGAGAGAAACUCAUCCACGUGUCUGUAAUCUAACAGGAAUCACUUUAAGGUCCUAACAGACUUGACUAUUUAGGGGUUUUAAUUUAAAGAAUAUUUUGUUAGGGUUUCUCAAAACUGAAGUUGUUCAUUUGGGGGAAAGCUGCUUCAUCAGAAAAAUAAAAAAAAUAUUGAUCACUGUGGAAAA